GUUUGACACAAGCCCUCUGCGUGUACAGGGACUAUAUCUCCACUACUACUACUACUGUGGCUACUGUGACUUGUGGUAGUCUACAGCUGUUGUUUCUCUGGAGCCCUGCACAGCACUAGUGGCUCAUCUGCGCUCCCCCUCUUCUCUCUUGUGAAUGAAUGGCAGUGGGAUUGGUGUCAUUGGACCUGAGGGGCUUUCGCACAAACUAACACCGAAAGGCUAUGGAUGUUACUGGACAAUAACAGCAGGCCGUGAGAAGACAUGCAGCACACGUCGUGUACUGAGGACCGGAUCCAGCAUGCUCUGGACCGAUGUCUGGAUGGGCUCAGACCCAGCCCCACGGCGCCACAACCCUGGAACGUCCUGAUGUGCUCGGCGGGCCAGUCGAUGAACCGCUGGAGUCUGGAGGAAUUGGUGAAGAGAGACCCAGAGAACUUCCUCAUCCUCCUGCAGCAGGUCCUCAGGAAGACCCGAGAGGUCCAGGAUCAGUGUCAGUAUGAGCUUGUGGCUCCCCUCGCUAUCAUGUUCUCCUCCACUCUGUUACAGACCCCCUUCUGUCCCCCUGCCACGGAGCUGCUGGAGGAGGCCUGUGAGGUGUUUGGCUGUUUCCUGACUUGGCCAGAGCCUUACUGUAGCGUGUGUAAAGGACUGCUCUCCACCUUACACCAGGAGCUCAAGGCCCCAGGCAUUUCCUAUCACAGACUGGUGAGAGAAGAGCAAGGCCUGGCCACUUCAAAACAUCGCUCAAAAACAAUGACGGUUCUGUUGAUGAACCCUAGUGAGGUUCCUCCUGAGUUCCUGUCUGUAGCAGACCAACUGAGUAGUAUCCAACGGUCCCAGAGAGAGACAUACGUCAACCUGGUCAAACAUGCCUACCAGGCUACCCUGGGCACCAAGUACACACUGGCCAGCAUCCACAAAGCCCUGCAGGUCAAGAGUCUAGAGGAGCUGGCGGAGAUCUUCUCCAUGGUAACCGACGUCCUGGAGACGGCCGCUGCCAUGGACGACCCGGCGAAAGGCCGUGAUCAUGUGACCCAGGGCCUGGAGGGGCUGAGGGAGAGGAUGGGUGUCCCAGCGUCCAAUGGCAGGAAGUCUGAUGGAAUGUUGCAAACUCUACCACUGCCCACAGCCAAGUGCUACAUGUUUCACUGGGACAAGGACAACUUUGAUAUCCUCAACACCAUCCUGGAGAACGAGCAUGACCUAACCGGCUUCCAGACCUCCAGUGGUCAGGGUGACGGCGAAGAUGAUGAGGAGGAGGAGGAGGAGGAGGAGGAGGAAGGGGCAGAGUUCGACCUGGAGGAGGAAGAGGGAGAGAAGGAAGAAGGAGAGGAGGAGUUUGUCUCCGCCAUGUCUAUGUACAACUGCUGCAGUGUGGACCACCGAGCCUCUACCUUCUCCACCGUCUCCUCACUCUCCACUGCCUCUAAAGACUCCAUGUACUCCACCUUGUCCUUGGCUUCCGGAUCCUACGCCCCCUCCGUUCUCUCAGUCACUUCCGGCAUCGACAGCGACUUCUACGAAGACCCCGAGGACGCCACCUCCAGCCCCUCCCCUUUGGAACGGAGCCCAUCAUCCGGCAAGUCAACCAAAGCUUCGGCUCGUCUGAGCCAGCACUUCUCCCGUUUCUUCAAGACAAAGACGCAGUCCCUGACCAGAGCCAAGAGCCUCGGCAGCCCAGAUGCUAAGGACUUGGUCGCGCUUCGUUCAAAGCGCUCCAACUCUCUCCCGCAGCAGGUGCACCUAGUCAGCCCAGACUCUUUGUUCCAGACCCCCUGUACCCCCCAGGCCCUCAAGCACGUGUGCUUCCGCCGGAGGCCCAUCCUUAGCAGUGACGAGGAGGGUAACGUUAAUUCCACUACCCUGAGGGUGGUAGUAUUCGGGGCUGACCACGUGGCGGGCAAGGUGGCGAGAGCCUAUAGUAACCUACGCCAGAGAGAGAACGCUUGCCCGAGCCUCAGCAGAGCCUUCCGGCUGCAGUUCUUCUUUGUGCCCGUGAAGAGGGAUGGUGUUGUGAGGUGCCCUAGCCCCGGAGGCCAGUUGGCUAGCCCACGGAGAGGAAGUACAGAGCUCAACAAUCUGGGCACAGAAGACAGCACUAACGACAUAGCCCGUUUCAUUGGUAUGCUGGACCCCUGGUACGAACGCAACACCUUGAGCCUGCUCAGUCUACCAGCCAGCGUGGUGUGUCAGCAAACCUCUAAGAUAGAGUCCGAUUUGUAUGAUAGUUCCUAUGAGGAUCGUCUGCCCAUCCUGGCUGACCUGGUGUUGUACUACUGUCGCCAUGCCGCCAGGCCUGCACUGAUGCAGCUCUACCAAGCUGAGAUGACGUUAGCUGGAGGCGAGAGGAGGACAGAGGUUUUCAUUCACUCCCUAGAGCUGGGCCACACCGCGGGUACACGAGCCAUCAAGGCUAUGGGUGCAGCGAGCAAGAGGUUUGGGAUCGAUGGCGACCGGGAGGCAGUCCCUCUGAUGUUAGAGGUGGUUUACAACAGGGUGGUCAUCAGUGGGAGAAGUCAAUGGACGAAGAAAGACAAAGUUUGCACCUCCAUCAACCUGACCAAAGCCUGCAAGAAUCCAGAGGAACUAGAUUCAAAGAUGGAGUGCUUGCAGUUGACAAUGACAGAAGUACUGAAAAGGCAGAACUCAAACAAAUCUAAGAAAGGCUACAAUCAGCAACUGAGCGUUACUGAGGUGAAGGUGGACAAGGUGCAGGUCAGUGGGACUGGUAACACCACCUUCGCUGUGUGUCUGGACCAGGAUGAGAAGAAGAUCUUCCAGGGUGUCACCAGGUGUGAGGUGUCUGUAUGCUACAAGCCUGACAGCUCUACAGACUGGAGGUUAGACCAGGGUCUGUCCGCCCAGAUCCAGCCUCUCCACCCCACCUUCUGCUCCCUCCUCUGCCUGCCCAUAGCCACCUUCAGCGGGGCACAGCCCUGAGAGAGGAAGACCAGCCUUAAACAUAUAUAUACUUGAAUGUAUUUCUGACUAUUUUGUAGACAGCUGGUAACAGAGGGGAAGACUAGAAAGUGUAGGUGAAAAGCCUGGUGUCUGUGGACCAGACUAAAAUGAAUGGAUGAGACUCUUUUUGGAGCCAAGGGACAUUAUGGCUGCUGGAUGGUUCAGCGAACCAUCCUCCUGUGAUGACUAACAUUGCCUGAGACCUACAGACUUCCGUUGGGCUAACAGUCUUGUGACGUUCAGGAGACCCGGGUUCAAUACCCAGUUGCUGAAAUGGACACUAUGGAUUAUGUAAAUGAUGUACAUUUGUAUACUAUAUAUUUCUUCCCUCAAAAUAACUUCAUCAUUACACUGUAGCUACACUAGCAUUGGUGCAAGUCCUCUCUUCCGGCAAUGCAAUGAGUAACGGUUUCCUGAAAGGGGACAUUUCUGAAAUAUCACAGUGACUUCUUUAGACCAGCAGGGGAGUCUAUUGUGUUCACUUUCCCACACGAGAGUCACGUAUGUCAGGAUAAUGAGGUAGGAAAAACAACCUUUCUCAGGACUCCACAGACUCAUCCGAUAGCAGUUAUGUUCAAUGUUGUUUUUACAUUUGAAUGUAUAUAUUUGACAUUGUAUUAAAUAAUCCCAUUUUUGACAUGCCAUUGUACAUAGUAUAAGAUGUAUCAUACUAAGUAGCACCCUGUAAUGUUUACUUGACACUGUAUUUGACAUAAGAUAUAUAUUUUUAUUUACUUGAUACUGAUGACCGCAGGGACGCAGAGACGACAUCGAUAUUCCAGGGUAGAUUGACAUGGUGUCAUAGACCAGUCUAUGGUGCUACAGAAUAUACUCAUCCAGUCCUGUUGUUAAUCAGUUGUCUAAUUUAUUGUUGUCUACAGCUUUGCACUGCAGAAAAUAUAUAGCAGAAUAUCAAAAUAUCAAUCAUAUAGCAGAAUAAAAUGCACAGUAAAAAUUG